UUGAGUAUUUACUGAGUUGAAAAUAUCAUGGAGAGUCAGAUCUAUCAAAUACUGAAAUCAAAAAUAUUCUUAUAAGUUCAACAACUGUUAUUAUGGAGUCAUCGCUAACGGAUUUAAAUUCAGUCAAAAGUAAUAAGUUUCUUAAAUUUGAAAUUCAAAGAGAUUUAUAUUGGAAACAUACGGUUGAUGCUGCUUGUGCUUGUGAACAAAAUCGACCGCGUUUUUCAGACAUUCCUCGCAAACCAGUGGGAGUUGUUACAAGUAGAUUUCCUGUGAAUGGUAAAGGACAUUCUGACAAUCAACAAAUUCUUCAGCUGACUGAAGUGCAAAAUUACAACAACACAGUGUCACAUCGUAUUCUCCUAUAUUGUUUCUUAAUUGUUUUGUUUCAUAAAUACAAUAAAAUCAACCAAUUUUGUUGUUUGAACGAGGCCAGCUGUUUCUGUUCUCACCUACCUGAACAGCCAAGUAGAUUUUCUAGAUUUAGAGAAUCUAGAUUCUAAUUAAUUUCUGAGAAUAUUUUAUUGUAAUUUGCCUUUGGAGACUCUUACUUUUAGUUCAUCUUAAAUUAAUGAAGUCUCUUUUUUCCUUGUGGCCAUGGCGAACUCAAGCAAGUAGUAAAAGUAGUGUAGUACAUGAACAAACAAGGGAUGGUGAUACUCAGUUUCUAAGCAGAAGCAGCUCCAUGGUGGAUUCAACUAAAUUAACUUAUAAUCCCAGCAAUUUAUUUCAAAUCCAUAGUUCUAAAUCUACAAAAAUGCCAGGACUUAUUCGGCUGAAUAGUGUUGGUGAAAUUUCACAUGAAAGUUCAGAUAGAUUGAAUUUUGUUCCAGCUUACUCGUACGCCAGUCAUCCCACUAACAUGACAUCUAUUCAAAAAAAGUUGGUGUCAUCGUCAUCAUCACCUGAGCUUCUCACAGGCCUGAGUAAUUUAAAGAGGAGCCCAACUUUUACCACUGCAACUGAGCCUAAAUUUUUUAGCUUGCCUAGAGUACAGCAGAGCAUGCAUUGUUCAGGAGCUUUAAUGAAAGACCAAAAAAAUUAUCCCAAAGGCAUGGCAGCAUCUUUUAUUGACCCUUUUGACAAUAUCAGUCCAGAAUUUAAUCACAUCUUUCCAAUUAGAUUAAUGGGAGCUUACAGCAUUGUAGGCGACUGCAAAAAGGAAAAUUCUCUAGGAUUAAACAAAUUACCAAGUGAUAGUGUUAAAACAAUGAAAGUUACAUCUUCAGAUAAUGACCAAAAGGUCAAUGGAGAGGCUGACUCCCCGCCUAAACAGCCAGAAAAUGUAGAUGUACAUACAGUUUCAAUUGUUGAGAAUGUUAUUGGUGAUAAAGAAGUCUGUGAUAAUUCAGAAAUUGUAGAAAAUGUAACCCUUGGCAGCAAUUCUACUAGUUUUAGUUUAUGCCCUGAUGUGGUGAAAUCUGCAGAGGGUACAGCGAAACAUUGUCCUCAUGCCCAACUAGUAAACAAGUCAGACGUAUUGCUAAUGCCAAGAAAAGUUGUCAAAAAAGGUCGUCCAUCUUCAAAGAAACAGAAAAAAAGAAUGAGGCAGAAGAAAAAACAUGCCAACUCUUCAACCCCCAGUGUUGAAAAGAGUUACGAUAACGUUAAUCCUUCUGUCAAAGAUUCUGCCUGCCAGGAAACAAACACUUUAUUAUCAUGUGAAAACAACCAUGUACAUUCCACAAAAGCUCAAGUUAAAGAAUCUAUGCAAAAGAAACCAGCAGAGUCUAAUAGUGUUAGUAUAUUUUUUACACUAGAUUCAGACUCUGAUAAUUCUGAUACAAGUGAUUGUGAAGAUAACAGCACAGAUUGGUCUGAUGAAGACUCUUUGACAGAUGCUUUCGCGCAUACCCUUCAGGCUUUUUCUGCAUAUAUGUCUGAUUCCUGCGAAAGCACACCAGCAAAGAAAACUAGCUUUAGCUGCAUUGGUGUUGUUUUACCAGACGAGUUGCAUUUUCAAACUGGUCUUUGUCUCGAUCGAUUGAUCUCUAAAUUGCCAAAUAAAGAUUUGUGCUUAGGUUAUUCAGAAGAUGACAGCGGUGAUUCUGAAUUGUUAAAAGAAAUUAAUGCUAAAUGGGAGAAAAACUACCCAUCAGCUGGAUUUCGCAGCUGUAAGCGUUCCUGUUCCACUGAUAUUAUUCAAGAUCCUAGUAUCAAGGUUCAUUUUGCCGCCGAACCUAGGUUGCUGACAGUUCACGUUGUGGGUUCAGAAGAUCGUGGUGGCAUUUGGCAGAACUAUGCUUUGGACAGGGAGCGUUUUCAGAGGCGCAUUCAAGAAGCUAGCAGUAUCAUUUCACCUAUCUUGGGACAGCUUCAUCGUAGGAAAAUUGUAGAACGCAACAAUUUAUGUGGAUCUCCUCACUAAGUUUUGACUAUUUGUAACUGUAGAGUAUCUCACUUCUAGUCCUGUCACAUACAAUAGACUCUUGUUUCUGAGAACAUUUUUACUGAUAAAAGCUUUUAUAAAGCAAAUAUAUCUUGUGUAUGUUGAUUUCUUGUAUUACUUGUACCCAUCUGUAAUUGUAUUAUAGUGUAUUUUAACUUACUCUUAUUAUUACUAAUAUAAUACUGUUGUGAUGUUUUUAAUUUAUUAGCAGUGUGUUCUUGCUUCAAGCUGCAGGGCUGUCUAUUAGUAUGAUUUUCUUCAUAAUAUUAUGAUUUUGAAACCCAAAUUAUAGUGUUACUCACUUGCGUUAAAUAGCAGUCUAUUUGCCCUCCUUAAUAUUAAAAUCCAGUUGUCAACAACUCAAAUUUGCAGUUUCUCUUUCGUCACUUUUCUGUACCUUUUUUUUUUUAAAUUUCUGCUAGUUAAAAUUUCACUUCAGCUCUUAUAUUUAAAUCGGGUACGUUUUAUUUACAUGCAUCCCCUGUAAUCCAACCCACCUGACAACAUUACAUUGGCAGGGAUUGUUAUAGGUGUAUGCCUGUGUGACAGUCCUAGCCAACAUGGUGAGGUAAAUUUAGAUUGCUCUACAUUAAAUGAAUUAUUGCACACUUAAGUUCUUCCUUCUAUAAAACUUUUCCACUGCAUUGUUGGAAGUUAACACCAUUAUCUGUCAUAGGACGUAAGUGGCUGUUUAUGUAUUUUUUCUUCUCUGAAGUAAAACAAAAGUUUAACUUAAGUAGUUAAUUCCGUGAAAAAUAAUACAUCAUGAGUGACAAAAGAUUUGUUAAAUUACAAUCAUUUCAAUGUUCACUUUCGGCAAAAAGAAUGAAAUGCUAGUGAUAUUGUGCUUCAGGAAAGGUAUUUUUGGGGUAAGCAGCCCUAAACCUCUGAGAAAGUCCUCAAAUUGUAUCCAGGGAGUGGUUUGAAGUUAUACCAGGCAGAUUUUUUUUUUAACAGCUGGUGAUUUGUGAACCACACAAGUAUUGUUCUGUUCUUGUUAGUGUAUGUCAUGUAUUUCCUUAGUAUUGCUGCUAAUUUUUUUGUAUUUAUUUUGACUUAUUUGGCUUUUUAAAGUUUUCUUCAUUAAAUUUUGAUCAAUUUUUAGAAUUAUAUGUUCAGAUAAGCCCCUGGUAUAAUACUUUUAAUACUAAGUGCAUACGACUUGAAAAUUGAACAGUCUGCCUUAUCUAGAUCUAACUGAAGUAUUUAUCUGAAGGUUUAAAUGUUACUUUCUCUGUUUCUUGUUUUUAAAAAUACUUUCAAAUAUAAUAAAUGAAAGGUAAAUUAUAUUUUUCUAAAGCUACCUAGUAAAAAAAAAAUAAUCUUGCCUAGUUAAUUUAUAGUAAUUUAAAAUUAUGAAUGUAAUUUAUGUUUAUGUGGUGUAUGUGGAUAUCUUAUUAGCAGUUUUCCCACAGUAGAUGGCAGUUAUAGCCUAUUAUAGAUUGCACUGUUCAAAGUAUGUUUUUGUUACAAUUACUUUUUUAAUUCCAUUUUAUUUUAAUAUAAAUCUUACUAGUUAUGGUUAGGCUUUCUUCUUCAUGUUAGUACUUUUCUUAUUAGAUUGGAAACUGAGAAAUUUUCACAGCUUAUUUCAUCAGGUUUCUUCACACCUAUCAGAUCACUCCCAUUUGACACAAAACUAGAUCAGUGUUGCAUCAUCAGAUAGGUGAUGUGUUCAUCCUGUCAUUUGUUGCCUGCCAGGUCUAAUCAGCUGUGGUCUUCAGCACCUUGCUGGUGUAGUGGUGGUGGAUCAUGUUGUAACAGCCUAUUAGCACACUUGUGUUUAUAUUACAGGGAAUAGGGAUCAUGUUUUUGGUUGAGGUUUAGUUACAAUGAGGCUGAGCCUUUGUCAACACAUUUUGUUCAAUUUUUUUCCUUUCUUUAAACUUUAAAGAGAACUAGUGAUUGAGCAGUGUUGUUAAACUCUGGGUAUCCCUUGGCACCUAAUGUCAUCUGAGUAUCCCUUGGUACCUAACGUCAAUAUGAUUGUGUUACCUUUUAUUAAUAACUGUGGACACAUUCGGUUUAAAAAUGGCAAUCCAUAACACCUCAAAUCAAAGUUUUUAUCCUUCUUGGUACAUUGUGUACAAACUAUAAAUAUGUAUAAAAUAGUUGUGGCUGUUUUAAUAGUUCUCCAUAUACUAUGAAUAAAAUAGUUGUGACUAUUCCACUCAAGCCUUGAGAAUUUUGCUUUGAUAGCAACAUCAGCACACACCUAACCACUUUACUCUCAAUACCUACCGUGUUGAUCUAUUAAUGUCUAUUUCUGAUUGUAAUUGUAAUAUUGUCCUGAAAUUAAAUAAAUUACUGAAUGUACUUUGCAAU